AUGAAUGAAACAGAUAAAUUUCCUGAACAACUUACCCAACUUCAUUCCCUUUACGAUACAAUUUUAAUACUCGAUUUUGGUUCGCAGUAUACUCACUUAAUCGCCAGACGAAUACGUGAGUUCAAUGCAUAUUCCGAAAUAUUGCCGUGCACUCAAAAAAUAAGCGAAUUAUGUUUUAAACCGAAAGGUGUGAUUCUUUCGGGAAGUCCUUAUUCUGUUUACGAUCAGGAUGCCCCUCGAGUGGACAAAGAGGUGUUUGAUCUCGGCGUACCAGUUUUGGGAAUUUGUUAUGGACUUCAGGAAAUCGCAUGGAAUUUUGGUGGUUCGAUCGCAUCUUGCGAUCACAGAGAAUUUGGUCACGCAAUAUUAAGUAUCGUUAAACACCAGAAUCAUCCACUAAUCGAUAUGUUAUUUGACGGAAUAGAAGAUCAAGUAAAUAAAGUUCCGGAAGGUUUCAGAGUUAUUGGUCAAACCCGAACAUCUUCGUUCGCUUCUAUCGCGCAUGAGGAGAAACAUUUUUAUGGAAUCCAAUUUCAUCCAGAGGUCACGCACACACCUCACGGAAAGGAUAUUCUAAAAAAUUUUGUUAUUAAGAUCUGCGAAUGUAAAAAUGACUGGACCAUGGAAUCAUUCAUUGAUAAGGAAAUAAUGAGGAUCCGGAAAAUAAUUGGGCCCAACGGCCAAGUAGUGGGUGCUGUGAGUGGUGGUGUGGAUAGUACCGUUGCCGCAAAAUUGAUGAAAGAGGCUAUUGGAGAAAGAUUCCACGCUAUCCUUGUUGAUAAUGGCGUGAUGAGGCUUAAUGAAUGUCAGACGGUCAAGAAACAACUCGGCGAUCAUCUUGGCAUUAAUCUUAAAGUUGUGGAUGCAUCUGAUCAAUUUCUUGAUCGUCUUAAAGGGGUGACAGAUCCGGAGGAAAAGCGCAAGAUAAUUGGUAAUCUCUUUAUUAAAGUAUUCGAGGCGGAAGCGGCAAUAAUCGACAAUGAGACGAAAGAAGGUGGUCAUGGUCAAAUUGAAUAUCUACUUCAGGGUACUCUUUACCCAGAUGUCAUAGAGAGUAUCUCGCAUAAGGGGCCUAGUGCUACUAUUAAGUCUCAUCAUAAUGUAGGUGGAUUGUUGAAAGAUAUGAAACUUAAAUUGAUAGAACCCCUUAGGGAACUAUUUAAAGAUGAAGUACGUGAGCUAGGUAAAGUUUUAGGUUUGGAUGAUGAAUUGAUCUGGCGUCAUCCAUUUCCUGGUCCCGGAAUUGCAAUUCGCAUAUUAGGCGAAGUCACACCAGCUCAGGUUGCAAUUGCCCGUUUAGCUGAUCAUAUUUACAUCGAAGAGAUUAAGAAAGCUGGACUCUAUCGAAAAAUUUCACAAGCUUAUGCUGCCUUGUUACCGGUUAAGGCAGUAGGGGUUAUGGGCGAUAAAAGAACAUAUGAACAAGUCAUCGCCUUGAGGGCGGUAGAAACUACGGAUUUUAUGACCGCUGAUUGGUUCUCCUUUCCUUAUGAUGUCCUGAAACGUAUCAGCAGUAGAAUCAUAAACGAGGUAGCAGGUGUUAAUAGAGUCGUGUAUGAUAUUUCGAGUAAACCACCGGCAACCAUAGAAUGGUAA